AGAACGAGCGGGCUCGACGCGCCGCACGCUCGCGGAUCGCGCGCAUCCACGUGAUCGCGCACGCUCUCGCGAUAAACGUUCCGUCCUUAACAAUCGGUACUUACAAUCACCUAAACUCCCUUGGUACAACCGGUACACCAUUCACGAUAGGGUGUCACCACGCGCUCCUCCCUGGCUUUUCCUCACCCUCGCGGGAAUUGCCCGCUUCCGCUUGAUUGCGCCAUCACGUGGACGAUUCCUUCCGAUGAUAUCUGCGGACGAGAGAGCAGAGAUUACUCUCGACUGUCUCGGCUCCGAACCGAUACGUGCCGAUCGCGACGAUCUCGUCGGGGCAGUGAGUGGUAUUCGAUGGCGAAUCGUUUAUCGAAAGGCGACGUCUAGAUCGAGUAGAUUCGUGAGAGAUAGUAUAGAUAUCAUAUAUCUUUUCUAGAACGAAAUGAUAUUUUAAAGGAUAACUCUCUCUAUUGGUUUCUACUAUCGACGUCUUAUAUACUGUAUUUCAACGCGAUAACCGGGAAUGUGACUGUGCACUCCGGAUCAGUGUGAUCGUGCCUUAGGAUUCCGAAGUGGCGUUUCGAGAAUCUGCGUGAGAUUUUACGAGAAACUCGUGAAUGUGAGUAAACUUGUCCACUGGUGCCGAGAAAGGGUGUCUAGAAGAAAUCAGUUGAGAGCCUUUCUUUUCCUCGUGGAUUAUAUGCUGGACCAAAUCACUUCGAUACUCAGUGGGCGAGUCUUAUCGAAAGAGAGUCGAAAUAUCCGCGAGAUGGCUCACGUGAAAAGCCAAUGGACGUGUAAACCAUUAAAAAUUGGCGGGCAAAUCCGCGCUCGCGCUACUAGGAAAAAAUUCGCCCUGUAAGAAAAGUGAGAGAAAGAAGAAAGAAACAAGAGAAGAGAGAAAGAAAGAGAAUAAAGUAGCCACAAGAGCGAUAAGGACGUCGUAUUACGAGUAAAGGCGCUCGGUCGAUCGCGUAUCCCAAAAAUAAUGGGUUGAACUUUCGAGUGGCGUUCUCCAUUCGCAAGAAGAAGCUAAAAUGGAAGCACAGCGAGACGAUGAGCUUCAACUUUCACGUCGACUACGUUCUUAACGAAUGGUAGUCGGAAAUUAUACGUUGAUUACACAAAGAAGACGAAGAAAUCGGUGUUAAGUGACAAAGUGCGAAAUCCAGCAACAACAACGAUAAAGAUAAUCGAACUUCCGUAAACGCGGCAGUGUUGUCCUUUUAAAAGGUCAUCCCUCAUCAAAACCGACCGCGCCCGCAUUACUCUGUCCGUUCGAUUUGUAUCGAGUGUCUCGUCGAUCUUCAUCGUCCGCACAUCCCGUCCGUUAUUUAUACAUUCGCGGAGGAAAUCUCGGGAGCGUAAUCUUCCACUCGCAACUUUUAUCGCGCUCGUCGCAUCGCAUUCGUCGCGCGGCCAUUACGGCCGUGGUCGAAUUAAAUCUUAUUAAGCAGCGGUGUAAAUGCAAAUACAAGAAACGAGAAGCCGGGGUAGAGUGGCCGCGAGAUAGACGGAGAGAGGCGUAAUACCUGCGAGGAAACGAGGAAACGUUACUCGUGGUUCAAGGACCCCGCGAAGUUACGAGAAAGACGAGCGGCGACGACGACGACAACAACAACUGCAAACUCGAGCGGGAAGACAUGUUCGUUAUGCUCGCCAAAAUCGAUCAUCGACAAUAAAACGGUUUGUUAAAAGAAGAAAAAAAGAAAAAAAAAAGAAGAUAUCGUUUCUCAGAAGACGCCUGAUGAAAUGCUGGAUAAAUUAUCGAGAUACAGGAUAUCCUUUCGCGAUAAAACCGUUUCACUAAUGACGCUCGACGUGUCCUGCGAGUUAUGCCGGUUUAACUUACGCGACGCGUCAACGGAGGCAUCGCUCUUCAAUAGGAACGCCUUAUAUACGAUAUAUAAAAGAUGUUAUCUACCGACUAAAAUAGCGUACCACCGGUUUGUGUACAAGUAACGAAGGGGAAAGUUUAACCGAACGAAGUUAGAACAAGUUUCGCAGUAUAUCGAGCGAAGUAUCAAGCCUCGAAUAAUUAAACGAUACCACUUAUUAAGCGAUAGCCACUUUAUUAUCAUCAGGAAAGUUCGACCGAUACAUAACUCUGUUAUCGAGAAGCUGGAUACGUAAUGGAUGUUUGAAGAUUCAAGGAAAGUGACGAAAUUUUUGUUCGAAUUUUCUGUCACUGCGGAUCGGUGGAUUUAUAGGAUAACCGUGACUAAAACUUCAACGUCGUUCAGUUCUCGGGAAGUCGCGAUUUUCAAAGAUUCGCAGAGAGGAGAGUUACGGAGAGAGUUUCUCUCGUUCUCUGCGCGAAAGCUGCCUGCGAAAGUGCCUGAUUGUGGAUCGAGUCGAGACUUAUCGCGGCCGGCUCGCGCAGGACCGACUCUUCGAGAGGUCGAGACAAGGAUCGAGAAGGCGCGCGCGAAUACUGAAUGCCGCAGACGGUAGCAUCGGCCAGGAAGCGCGACGUGCACCACGCUGUUCGCCGCCGGCGUCGCCGACGCCGUGAUCGCUCGUACGUACGUUCGAUGCCCGUACAAUGGACGUUUUCAAACUCGAUCAGUCGCUGAGCGCGGGUUUGGGCAGCGCGCCGGCGCCGGACACCCUCACGCCGGAAGUGUCAUUCGACGCCGGCAGUGAGUUCAACCUGAGCUUCUUCGACGGCCCGGAGGAGAACAACAGCACCCAGGGCUUCAGCGACCCCGGUUCCGUGGGUAGCGCCAGUGCCUCACCGCCCCCCGGUACACCCGGUGGCGCCGUACCCCCCGUUGCCGCCGCAACCGUCGCUGCCGUCGCCGCCGCCGCCGCCGCCGCCGCCGUCACCGUCGCAGCCUCCGCCUCCACUGGAGGCGUUAAUAAUCCGAACGCGCCUCCUCCGCUGCCGAUUGUCCAAGUGCCCACCACCGGCAUCGUCAUUAAGCAAGAACAGCAUUACGCAGCAGCUGAUUCCAAUAGUUCGACGCCCGCUAAGAGCUUUGUACCCUGCAAGGUUUGCGGCGAUAAGGCGAGCGGUUAUCAUUACGGCGUUACCAGCUGCGAAGGUUGCAAAGGCUUCUUCAGAAGGAGUAUACAGAAGCAGAUAGAGUACAGGUGCUUGAGGGACGGCAAGUGUCUUGUCAUCAGAUUAAAUCGGAACCGUUGCCAGUACUGCAGAUUCAAGAAGUGCCUAGCCGUCGGCAUGUCCAGAGACUCCGUGAGAUACGGCAGGGUGCCGAAACGCUCGAGAGAACGCGGCCCCGAGGACACGAUGGCGACGACCAUGACGACGACGACGACGACGACGACGAUGGCGGCUAUGGAAAUGCAGCAACUGACUACACCCGAUACCGGCAACAACAAUGCCAGCAACAAGAACAACAAUAACAACAACAAUAACAACAACAAUAACAAUAACAAUAACACCCAGAGCCAGAACGCGAUCUCACGAGUACCGUCGGCUGCGGUGGUCGAGGCUGAUCAAUCAGACGCUGAUGUGAAGCAACUGGCUGUAUACGAUGUGAUUCAUCAGGUCUCUCAGGCUCAUCACGCUCAUUGCGGCUUCACGGAAGAGUCCACCAGGGGCCUCACGAGGAAACCUAUGAUAAUACCGGCGAGUAAUUCUUCGCAGCCCGCGAGCCCGGAAGAUCCAGAAGCAGCAUCCUCGACCGCGGAGACUGUUGAGUCGCAGAGGAUCUGGUUGUGGCAGCAAUUUGCCACUAGAGUGACGCCAUCGGUACAAAGGGUGGUGGAGUUCGCAAAACGGAUGCCGGGAUUCUGCGAACUCUCGCAAGACGACCAGCUGAUCCUGAUCAAAGUCGGCUUUUUCGAGGUGUGGCUCUGUCACAUCUCCAAAAUGACCACCGAUAAUUCGAUGACUUUUGAAGACGGCACUUACUUCACUCGCCAGCAAUUGGAACUGAUGUACGAGCCCGAUUUUGUGUCUGCACUGAUGCAAGUCACGUCUUCGUUAAAUGCCCAUCAACUGACGGACACCGAGCUGGGCCUGUUCUCGGCGGCGGUGCUGCUGAACGAACGACCAGGACUGAACGACGUCAAGGCCGUUCAAAGGCUGCAGGAUCGCGUUCUGGAGGCAUUGAGGGUGCAAACGACGCGACCCUCCGGUGAAGGUGCCGGCGGCACCAACGUCUCGCAAAGGAUACCCGAAUUGAGAGCGCUCGGCGCUAGACAUGCCAAUCUUCUAGAUUGGUUCCGCAGGAAUUGGACAAAGCUCAAAUUACCGCCGCUGUUCGCCGAGAUAUUCGACAUUCCUAAAUGCGAGGAGGAUUUGCAAUGAAAAGCAGCCUCUAUAAGCUACAGCGAGGUAAUUCGAGAUCAAUGAUGCCGUGCUGUCGGCGAUAAAUCGGGCCCAGCGUUUACCGAGGCCGUUCUGAAUAUCUAGAAACGUUUUAACUCAUAGAGUUAGCGAAAUACAUCUAACACGAUGACGAGAUUCAAAUUGAAUGAAGAACGGGCGGUUCAAACGAGGAAUGAAGUAUGCCUGUGAAGAUUGUUUAUCACAAGAGAUAUUAGAAAAUUAGAGAGAAAAGAAAAACAAAGCGAUUGUCGACGACUAUCAUUGAUGGUGAUUCCCAUUGACCUGUCUCGGUUAUUCAAAAGUCAGCGGGAAAGGAAUUUUGGUUGAAGGAUCGUGAAAGAAAUUUGCCGUACUAGAAAAUUAAAAAAAAGGAAGAAAGGAGAAAAUUACAGACGCAAUUGUUGAUUAUCUGAACAGCAAGCUCGCGCAGCGGACAGUAGCGUGAACUUCUAACGACGAUCUUUUAGACGACAUCCCCUGAAAUGUUUUGAUCGCUCCAGCGAAUAAAAGAAGAUGAUCUCAAGAGAAAAGAAGAUUACCUUUAAAGAGUCGCGCAAGCAAUAAGACGGAACUUCUCCGUGCAAGCUCCGCGCAAGUUCGGAAGAAAAUUCGCAAUUUGCUCAAAUUCAACAGAAACGGAUUUGUACUAUUCGCCAAGCAAUAGCACACACGCAUUACAACAAGUGGGUCUCCGAACGGGCGUAUAUUUGAAUGAAAUAUUCAAUCGACGAGGGAGGGAUCUUUCGCGCCGCUUUGCCGCCGCGCCAAGUAAAUAGCUGUUUUUUUUAACAAGCAUUACGAAGAAACAAGCACAAAAAGCAUAACAGAGUCAUGGACGUCCGUUCGUGCUCAAGAUUCUGUCCUUUGAUUUUUCUUUUUGUUUCUCUUCAAAUAAUUCUAAGACUUAAGAAUAUAUAUGUAUAUAAUAAAUAUAUACACAGCGUGCAGUACCCGUCUGAGCGGCUAGAACGGAAAUCGGCCAAAUGAUAGCAUCAGAAACACCAACUAUAUUCAACGGACAUAUCAGAAAUUAAGAUUACAAAGUGUUCCCUCGUGUAUUGUUAUCGUUGCUGACCACGUACGUGUCUCUUUAGAGGUAUUGCGGCCAGCGUAAUUGUGAUCAGCUCGAAUUUUAAUGUUGCAGACACGUGAAAAAAAUUAAUUUCACUAAACGAUAUAUUUUAGAAUGAAAA